GUAAUUGGACUUGUGAGUGCAUUUUGGUUUUACUCAUUUUUUUUUUGUGGAUCUUAUUCUUCUCCCGAAAGAUAACCAAAAAUGGUCUUGCUUUUCAAGCUGGAUUAAAAGUGAAAUCCCCAGCAAGGGGUGUGAACAUUAGCCUCUGCUUCCUUAUUAAUAGCUCCCACUAAAAUGUUGUUAUCAAACAGUACAUUGGAUAUCAGCUAAGCACAGCUCAGUGGUCCAAGUGACUUCUUGUGAUUUCCCAGUUGCAAUGGCUUUUGAAAGACAUACAGGCCCCCGCCAUUAUACUGCGGGAACAAUGUCAGAGCGAUUUGAUUGCCAUUACUGUCGAGCACCACUUCAAGGGAAGAAGUAUGUGGAGAAAGACGGCCACAACUGCUGUGUGAAGUGCUUUGAGAAAAUAUGUGCUAACACUUGUGCUGAGUGCAGAAAACCCAUUGGUGCUGAUUCCAAGGAGCUGCACUACAAAAACCGCUACUGGCAUGACACCUGCUUCCGAUGUGCUAAAUGCUACCACCCUCUGGCCAAUGAGCAGUUUAUUGCUAAAGAUAACAAAAUAAUGUGCGCCAAAUGCACCACAAGAGAGGACUCCCUGAGAUGCAAUGGAUGCCACAAGCAGAUUUUGCCAGGGGGACGCAAUGUUGAAUACAAAGGCAGUGCCUGGCAUGAGGAAUGCUUCAUAUGCAGCAACUGCAAUCAAGCAAUUGGGGCAGGAAACUUCUUUCCUAAGGGGACUGAUGUGUUUUGUGUUACAUGCCAUGAACAAAAAUUUGCAAAGCAAUGUGUGAAAUGCAAGAAUCCUAUUACUACUGGAGGCAUAACUUACCAAGAUCAGCCAUGGCAUGGCGACUGCUUUGUGUGUGAGACCUGUCACAAGAAGCUUGCCGGGCAGCGUUUCACUGCUGUAGAGGAUCACUACUACUGCGUUGAUUGUUACAAGGCAUUUGUGGCUAAGAAGUGUUCUGGGUGUAAUAAUCCAAUCACAGGGUUUGGGAAAGGAUCCAAUGUUGUCAACCAUGAAGGGCAUUCCUGGCACGAGUACUGCUUCAUUUGCAAGAAGUGUUCCCUCAACCUGGCUAAUAAGCGCUUUGUUCGCAAUAAUGAGCAAAUCUACUGCGCUGAUUGUGCCAAAAAACUCUAAAUUAGUAGUGAUCUUGCUCUCUUGUGUUCCUUAGCCAUUUAUACAAAAGGCAAUAUUCUAAAUACCUUAUAAGGUUUAGCAAUUAUUAGCAUGUACUGCACCUAUUAUAUUAGCGACUGAAUCAAGAAACGCAUGGCAUUCAUUUGUCACCUCGUAUACUAGAAACAAUGAUUUUCUGACUAACACAAAAAUUUAUUUUAUGCAUAAUGCAACAUAACUGCAUGGCAGGAAGCUUUUAUGUAUUUACUUUGCACAAAUGAAAUGUAUUAGUAAUGCUAUAAAAAAAAAUAACAACUAAUUUUGUACGACAGCUUAAUCCUGCAGUGAAAAUUAAAUAUUAAUAAGAAGCAUUUACUAACAAACCUUACAAAUUUUGUGUCUCAAGUAGUAGAGUUUAUUCAUUUACGUUUGAUUGACACAUUUAUGGUUCUAGUUUCUUUAAAAUAAGUUUUAAACUGGCUAUUGAUAAUUCAUUUUUCCCCUAGACUAUAUUUGUUAGGCUUCAACAUUUGUAUUUAUCCCACUUUGUUGGAUAUAGAGCUUAUCCCCUAUACUGUGCACCCUCUGCCACUUCCUGACAAAUCCAGGAAUUAUCUGAGGUUUUAACAUUUUUUAAAUGGAGAAUAGAAUCCAUAUAUAACAGUUCCACUUUAGAGGGAUAUACUAACACUUCAACUGCUCUAUUUUAUUAACAAAGUCUUCUGACCUCCAUGUGUUAAAGGCUUGAAAACGUAGGCAAUGUUGAUAACCAGCAUUGAGAAAACGCCUGUGUGUAGCAUGCAAUCAGUCGACCUCUCUGUAGCUGUUUAAUGAAUAGUAUAAACCAGACAUUCUCAAACUUGGCCCUAUCAGCUUGCUGAGCAUCAUGGAAAAUGUAGUUCUAAAACCUCUAGAUGGCCAAGUUUCAGGAACUGGUAUAAACAUAUAUUCUUUUAAAUUCUAUAGUACUGACAAAUGAUAGUCUUGUUUGAACAGUGUCACAAUUAUGUCAUAUUGAUACAUAAUUAAAUGAUAUGCAUAAAACCAUCUACUGGUACAAUAUUACAACUCCUUCAGUCAGUAUAUCACACUAUAAAAAUUGCAAUAAGAAACAGCUUUGCUGAAAAUUCACCGUUGUCUAAAACAUUCUGUAACCAUAAACAGAUUCUGCAUUGGAAAUUAUAACUAUGUUUGGAUUGCAAAUAAUUGCUUCUGUACACACUUAAUAAAAACACAAACUGUA